AUGCAUCAUGACCUCCAAUCUAGCGCAUGCAGCCGGGUAUUUUCAUUUAUUGCCCUAACGCUUUUGCGUUUCCUCACUUUACCACCUUCUGCCCUCGCCAGUGAUGCGCAGUUCUACGACUCCUCUUCCAAGAUAGGCUUCGCUGUCUCCAGUGCGCCAAAUUCAUCUUCCACAAAUCUUCUUUUUCAAUUGUCCGCCCCCCAGGCUGCUGGCUGGGGUGCGGUCGGUUCAGGCACUCGGAUGGACGGAUCGUUGAUGUUUGUUAUAUACGCAUCUGGCAAAGACAAUGGUGUCACCGUUAGCGUUAGAACUGCCCACGGUCAUAACACGCCAGAAGCUACCAACGACAUCGAUCUCGUCGUCUUGUCUACGACCAUCCAGAACUCUACCAUGACAGCCAAUGUAGUAUGCUACAAUUGUACCAAGUGGUCUUCGGGCAGCUCCAUAGACGUGAAUUCGACCAAGCAGCCAUGGAUCUGGGCAGUUGGGCCGGGAGACUCUUUGGUGUCUGCUUCCCAAUCCGCCAACUUUAACCAACACGCAAAUAAUGGAAACUUCUUUGCGGACAUGACGGCCGCCCGAUCCGACUCACCAACGACCGCUCCCAACAUCUCCGGAACAUCCAACGUGAACACCAAACCAUUGUCAAGUGCUUUCUCCGCUUUGGUCGUCAUCCAUGCCAUCGGUCUCGCCGGCUCCUUCUUCCUCCUAUUUCCCCUCGGGGUGAUCCUCCUGCGGUGGUUCGGCUCGUUCAAGUUCCACUGGAUGCUCCAGGUGGCCGCCAGCGCGAUCUGUCUCGUCGGCCUGAUCUGCGCAAUUAGCUUGAGCGUCUUGGAUCCCGAAUACGCCUCUUUCAACCAGACGCAUCAGAUCCUAGGCAUCAUUGCCGUCGCCGUGCUACUCCCCCAGAUCUAUUUCGGCUAUUCCCACCACCGUAAUUACAAGAAGCUUGGACAGCGCACCACGGUCUCUCAUUUGCAUCUCUGGUCUGGAAGAUCAGUCGUCCUGCUCGGAAUGGUCAAUGCCGUGCUCGGCUUUGUUCUUGCAGACUCUAAUACCGGCGCCGUUGUCGUCGCCGUUCUCGCCGUCACGAUCCUGGUCAUCACCGCCCUCGUUGUCUUCUUCGGCGCUAAGAAACGACGCCUCGCCCUCAACGCCAACUCUUCUCACUCGUCGGAUAUCGCUCUUAACCGCUACGAGUCGUUCCGCGGGUAG